AUGACAGAGACGCCGCAGAACGAGUUUGUGAAGCAGCAGAUGGAGCUCCGGAGUGAGGUGAAAUAUAAGGCGUCUGGGAAGCAGCGGGUGAGCGACUCGCUGUACGCCACACUGCCAGAGACGCUGGACACGCAACACGCUAAACACGCCACCGACAUCAUCAGUGAGGUGAAGUACAGAGAGGACGGCAGACUGAGUUUGUCCAGUCCAUUAUUCUCUCGACUGCCAGAGACGCUGCAGACGCAGACGGCCAGAGAGAUCGCAGACGCACAGAGCGACGUCAGAUAUAAGCAGAAGAAUGAUCAGCUCAGUCUGUAUUCACUCCUGCCGCAGACCGCAGACACAGAGUUCGCCAAACACAUGAGCGACGUCCAGAGUGAGCUUCAGUACAAGCAGGAGGGUAAGAAGGAAGCGGAGAGCAAUCUGUACAGCCUGAUGCCGCAGACGCUCCAGACCGAACAUGCUAAAGACGCCUACGAGCUGCAGAGUCACGUUAAAUAUAAAGAGAAGAACAAAACAGAUGCAUCUCUUUAUGCCUGUCUGCCCGAGACUCAGAACACGGAACACGCCAAACACGCUGGAGAGCUGUGCAGUGAGCUGAAGUAUAAAGAGGCCGUGAAGAAGGAUCUGUCCUCACCGCUGUACUCGCAGAUGAGCGACACCGCAGAGAUCCAGCGACGACAGAAGACAUGA